AUGGGGGAGGAUGGGGGAGGACUCACAGAGGUGAAGACCUCGGUGGGGGAGGAUGGGGGAGGACUCACAGAGGUGAAGACCUUGGUGGGGGAGGAUGGGGGAGGACUCACAGAGGUGAAGACCUCGGUGGGGGAGGAUGGGGGAGGACUCACAGAGGUGAAGACCUCGGUGGGGGAGGAUGGGGGAGGACUCACAGAGGUGAAGUCCUCGGUGGGGGAGAAUGGGGGAGGAUGGGGGAGGACUCACAGAGGUGAAGACCUCAGUGGGGGAGGAUGGGGGAGGACUCACAGAGGUGAAGACCUCGGUGGGGGAGGAUGGGGGAGGACUCACAGAGCUGGACUCUGGUGGGAUUGUGGAGCGUCGCUGAAGGAUGAGUCCGAAAGAACGUCGGGAAACGCUGACGAUUGGAGAGAGCGGGAGAACUGGAUCCAUACGACAACUGAGGAGCAGAGGAAGAGUGAGGAGAAGAGGAAGAGUGAGAAGAAGAGGAAGAGUGAGGAAAAGAGGAAGAGUGAGAAGAAGAGGAAGAGUGAGGAAAAGAGGAAGAGUGAGGAGAAGAGGAAGAGUGAGAAGAAGAGGAAGAGUGAGGAGCAGAGGAAGAAGAGGAAGAGUGAGAAGCAGAGGAACAGUGAGGAGAAGAGAAAGAGUAAGGAGAAGAGGAAGAGUGAGGAGAAGAGGAAGAGUAAGGAGCAGAGGAAGAGUGAGGAGAAGAGGAAGAGUGAGGAGGGAAGAGGAAGAAGGAAGAGUGAGGAGCAGAGGAAGAGUGAGGAGAAGAGGAAGAGUGAGGAGAAGAGGAAGAGUAAGGAGAAGAGGAAGAGUAAGGAGAAGAGGAAGAGUGAGGAGAAGAGGAAGAGUAAAGAGAAGAGGAAGAGUGAGGAGAAGAGGAAGAGUAAGGAGAGGAGGAAGAGUCUCCCCUGGUGUCUCCCCUGGACUCUCCUGGUGUCCCAUGGUGUCUCUCCUGGUGUCUCCCCUGGUGUCCCCUGGUGUCUCUCCUGGUGUCUCCUGGUGUCUCCCCUGGUGUCUCUCCUGGUGUCUCUCCUGGUGUCUCCCCUGGUGUCUCUCCUGGUGUCUCCCCUGGUGUCUCUCAGGUGUCUCCCCUGGUGUCUCCCCUGGUGUCCCCUGGUGUCUCUCCUGGUGUCUCCCCUGGUGUCUCCCCUGGUGUCUCCCCUGGUGUCUCUCCUGGUGUCUCCCCUGGUGUCUCUCCUGGUGUCUCUCCUGGUGUCUCCCCUGGUGUCUCCCCUGGUGUCCCCUGGUGUCUCCUGGUGUCUCCCCUGGUGUCUCCUGGUGUCUCCCCUGGUGUCUCUCCUGGUGUCUCCCCUGGUGUCUCCCAUGGUGUCUCCCCUGGUGUCUCCCUUGGUGUCUCCCCUGGUGGCUCCCCUGGUGUCUCCCUUGGUGUCUCCCCUGGUGUCUCCCCUGGUGUCUCUCCUGGUGUCUCCCCUGGUGUCUCUCCUGGUGUCUCACCACGAUGAGCCGGGCAUCAGCACCAUCUUUAUGGGCUCCGUGUACAACAGGUCGUACAGCAGCUUAGUGGCCUCUCCAGGGUCGCACUGA